AGAUGCACCCACUGGGCCUGUGUAAUAACAAUGAUGAAGAGGACUUGUAUGAAUAUGGCUGGGUAGGAGUGGUGAAGCUGGAACAGCCAGAAUUGGACCCCAAGCCAUGUCUCACUGUCCUGGGCAAGGCCAAGCGAGCAGUGCAGCGGGGAGCCACCGCAGUCAUCUUUGAUGUAUCUGAAAACCCAGAAGCUAUCGACCAGCUAAACCAAGGUUCAGAAGACCCACUCAAAAGGCCAGUGGUAUAUGUGAAGGGCGCAGAUGCCAUCAAACUGAUGAAUAUCGUCAACAAGCAGAAAGUGGCUCGAGCAAGGAUUCAGCACCGUCCUCCCCGACAACCCACUGAAUACUUUGACAUGGGGAUUUUCCUGGCUUUCUUUGUCGUGGUCUCCUUGGUGUGCCUCAUCCUCCUUGUCAAAAUCAAGCUGAAGCAACGACGCAGUCAGAAUUCCAUGAACAGACUGGCCGUGCAGGCGCUAGAGAAGAUGGAAACCAGAAAGUUCAACUCCAAGAGCAAGGGGCACCGAGAAGGGAGCUGUGGAGCCCUGGACACUCUCAGUAGCAGCUCUACAUCCGAUUGUGCCAUCUGCCUGGAGAAGUACAUCGACGGAGAGGAACUUCGAGUUAUCCCCUGUACUCACCGCUUUCACAGGAAAUGUGUGGAUCCUUGGCUUCUACAGCACCACACCUGCCCCCACUGUCGCCACAACAUCAUAGAGCAAAAGGGAAACCCAGGUGCCGUUUGUGUGGAGACCAGCAACCUGGCGCGUGGCCGGCAACAGAGAGUUAUUUUGCCGGUACACUAUCCCGGCCGCGUGCACAGGACCAAUGCCAUCCCAGCCUACCCGACGAGGACAAGCAUGGACUCUCAUGGGAACCCUGUCACACUGCUGACUGUGGACCGCCAUGGGGAGCAGAGCCUCUAUUCGCCUCAGACCCCCGCGUACAUCCGCGGCUACCCACCCCUUCACCUGGACCACGCCUUGGCCCCUCACCGCUGUGGUCUGGAGCACCGGGCCUACUCACCGGCCCACCCCUUCCGCAGGCCCAAGUUCAGUGGCCGUAACUUCUCCAAGGCAGCUUGCUUCUCCCAGUAUGAGACCAUGUACCAACACUACUACUUCCAGGGCCUCAGCUAUCCCGAGCAGGAAAGUCCAGCCCCACCCAGCCUUGCUCCCAGGGGCCAGUCCCGUGCCUUUCCCCCAAGUGGCAAUGGCAGCCUGCUCUUCCCCACCAUGGUGCACGUGGCCCCACCCUCCCACCUGGAGAGUGGUAGCACAUCCAGCUUCAGCUGCUACCAUGGUCAUCGCUCUGUGUGUAGCGGCUACCUGGCUGACUGCCCAGGCAGUGACAGCAGCAGCAGCAGCAGCUCUGGCCAGUGUCACUGCUCUUCCAGUGACUCUGUGGUGGACUGCACUGAGGUCAGCAACCAGGGCGUUUAUGGGAGUUGCUCUACCUUCCGCAGCUCCCUCAGCAGCGACUAUGAUCCUUUCAUCUACCGCAGCCGGAGUCCUUGCCGUGCUAGUGACAUGGGGGGCUCCAGUAGCUCAAACCGGGGACCUAUCAUGCACCUAGAGGGCUCCCCACCACCUGAGGAGUUCCUGGCAAUCCACAGUCAAGGUGCUGGGCGGGGAGAGCCUUGGCCUGGCCCUGCCUCUCCCUCUGGGGACCAGUUGUCCACCUGCAGCCUGGAAAUGAACUAUAGCAGCAACUCUUCCCUGGAGCACAGGGGGCCCAAUAGCUCUACCUCAGAAGUGGGGCUCGAGGCUUCUCCUGGGACCAUCCCAGACCUCAGGAGGACCUGGAAGGGGGGCCGUGAGGGGUCAUCAUGUGCCUGCUAUUGUGAGCCCCAGCCAUCUGCACUGGAGCCUGGCAGAGGAGCAGCUGGGGGCAGCACCUUGUUCCUGGGCACCCCCCUCUGUGAGGGCUGUGGCCCCGCAGGUGGGGAAUCACAGUCUGGAAGCUCCCAGGGCCUGUAUAGCCUUCACCCAGACCAUUUGCCCAGGACAGAUGGGGUGAAAUAUGAGGGCCUGCCCUGCUGCUUCUAUGAAGAGAAGCAGGUGGCCCACACUGGUGGAGGCGGCAGUGGCUGCUACACUGAGGACCUGUCAGUGAGCGUGCAGUACACACUCACCCAGGAGCAUCCGCCCAGCUGCCACCCAGGGGCCCGGGACCUGAGCCAGCGCAUCCCCAUCAUUCCGGAGGAUGUGGACUAUGACUUAGGCCUACCCUCCGACUGCCAAGGGACCCACAACAUUGGCCACUGGGGUGGGACAUUGGGCAUAGAGGCCCUUCGGCCCCACAGGGGCCUGGGAGCAUCCCAGGAAGAAGAGCAGGUUCUGUGUUGCCCAGUCAGGGCCCCACUGGCCUCUGGCUGCCUUCCGGAGGAGACAGGGACUGCCAGGGCCAGCUUUCCCAGUGCCCUCCAAGACACUCAGGAGUCCAGUGCCAUGGCUGCUGAGGCUACAGGACAGAAAUCUAGCCCAGCUGACGGUGGCCCGGGAGCCUGAGCUCAGAAGGAACUCUUAUGUGGAAUUGGGAACUGUACGGUGACUCCAAACUCUGACUUCCUUCAGAAAACAAAAAAUCUUUUUAGCUUUGAUAAACACAAAAGUGGUAAUAAAGAGAGCCCUCCUUUUCAACCCAAAAUGUGAGCCACUUGUGGCAAAACCACCCCCAUCCCAUUAACAAACCAACAGACAAAAUUCUC